AUGAGUUUAUUUAGUACAAUUCAAAACAAAUCCGUAAACUUUGAGGAUGAUAAAUAUGAAAGAGUAAAUAACAAUAAUUGUAGUCGUUAUGAUGGCAGAGGUAGUAAUUAUGAAAGAGAUAUUAAUUAUCAAGGGCAUAAACGCGACUAUAGAGACAAGAGUCCAUACCCAAGGAGUGAAAAUCGCAGAAAUAGAGAAUCUAGUAUAGACAGGAGAUAUAAUAGAGACAGAUCACUAUCCAGAGAUAGAGACUAUUACAACAGGUAUCAAAGAGAGUCUAGUCCAUAUCGAAGUAGUAACAGCAAUUACAGAAAUAGGUCAAAUUCUAGAGACAGAGAUGAUAGAGGAAAAAAUUAUAAUAACACAAAACGUCAAUACAGCAGAGAUAAUAGCCGCGAGAGAACACCUGAACAAUAUAGGGACAAUUAUGAAAAGGAAUCAAAGAAAGUAACAUGUUACAAAUGUAAUGAAAAAGGUCAUUACACUGAUAGGUGCAUCUCUUCAAAAAACGAUUAA